CCCCCCGACUUCGCCACACCCGCCGUUGAAACGGCUGCCGGGCUCUGGGCGGAGCAAUGCGAGGAAGUGGAGCAGUAAAUGCUGUGGAAGGGUUGUAUGGGGAAUGGAGUGUCGGGCCGUCCUGGCAGAAGCGAACAUGCAGUUCCAGAGGCAGGACUUGAUGCGGGCAGAGGAAAGCUACUCCAGGUUCAUUCACAUGUGCAGAGAGCGGCAGCAGAGAGUGCUGAUGAGCAACAUGGAGGAAUGGUGUCGACAGCAUUACCUGAACGAUAACACAAUUAAUCAGCUAAAACACCAGGUGCUUUUCACACGUGAAGGCAUAAAUAGCCUGACCAGGAAUGACAUUGAAAACAUGAACAUCAGCUUGGGCCAGAAAACAGCAUUAAGACAUCUAUUAUGCUCAGAAAAUGCCCAAGCUAGGAUGAAGCAAAGCAAGAUUCCACAAACAGAUUAUAUUGAUUAUGGAUGGAUACACAACAUUACUGAACUCUUCAUUUUGUGUGACGGUUGUGGAAUAGACCCAAUUAUAGGCACCAGAUUUGUGUGCAACCAAUGUGACAAUUUUGACUACUGCUCUACCUGCUUUCACACAAGAAAUCAUAAAGACCAUUCAUUUGCCAGAAUUGAUUAUCCAGGGUCACAAUUAAUUUAUGUUGGAAGAUCAGGCAACAAAAUACCUCAACAGAAAGAUUUUUUACCGUAUUGAAAGAUAUAACCAAGUCAAGAUUUGAUGUAUUGAAUUAAAGACAAAACUAAUCAAUAAAAUAGAAGCUUCUGGGACAAUACCCAUGUUUAAAUCAUUAAAAUCAAUAAGGAAACGUGAAAUAAAUGGAAAAUGUUAGACAAAGAGCUUUUCAUGAAGUAAAAUGGAUGAAUUAAAAUAGAUGUUUUUAAAACUGC